CAGGUGUCAGGUUGUGAUGCACCUGUACUGGACACUAAAUACAGAGUGAAAGGAAAAGACCUCUCAGCUGGAAACAGAGGAACAGAUAAUACUGAAGAAAAGCGAGAUCCAGAUAUUUUUUUACCAGAGCCAUUUAUUAGACUGAAGAGACCAGCUGCCAAUCCAAGGAUCAGUCUGUGGGUGAGCAUGAUGUCGUUUGUGCCACAGGGCCUCUCCCCUCCUCCUUGUGGAACCCAGUACCCCAGCCUCGAACAGGAGCCUCCAGAGUUCAGCCUGUACAGUGACAACUUCUACAGCCCUCCAACCCUGCCUAGCCCGCAGCAGGCCACCCCUACUACCUACGACCUGGGAGACUACACCAGCCCUCCUUCCAACCCUUACUUGUGGUUCAAUGGCCCAGAGCUCAACAGUGUUCCCUACCUAGGUGGGCCCACAGGGCCAGUCUGUGGGUCCUAUGUGCCCCAACUCUACAACAUGCAGAGGCCCUAUCUGGGUGCUGGCGCACCGAGGGGUGUUGUAGGGGACCUGAGCUGGUUCUCCAUGCCCUCUCAGGAGGAGCUGAUGAAGCUAGCCAGGCCACCAUACUCCUACUCUGCCCUUAUUGCCAUGGCGAUCCAUGGGGGCCAAGACAGACGGCUCACCCUGAGCCAAAUCUACCAAUAUGUAGCAGACAACUUCCCCUUCUACAACAAGAGCAAGGCCGGCUGGCAGAACUCUAUCCGCCACAACCUCUCCCUCAACGACUGCUUCAAGAAGGUGCCCCGAGAUGAGGAUGAUCCAGGCAAGGGUAACUACUGGACCCUAGACCCCAACUGUGAGAAGAUGUUUGACAACGGCAACUUCCGUCGCAAGAGGAAAAGGAAGUCGGACUCCCUGCCUGGUGAGGGGGGCUCCUCAGGUUCUGAGUCGUUAGAGUCCAGCCCCAAACACCACAACAACAUGAAUGACAUUUCCAGCUCCUCCGAGCGUGGCCCCUCCCCCAUCUCCUCAGCCCCCUCCCUCUGCCUGAACAGCUUCCUGUCUCAGAUGGCUGAAGUGGGGACGGUAUCAAACACAGAAGUGUCAGAUACCCUCCACAGACCUAGCCUGGCUACAGAGCUGUCCCAACGGGUCUCUCCGGCCCAGAGAUAUGGCUCCUACUCCCCCAAUGCUGCGAUGCCUCAGUGGGAGGUCUGUAUGUCCCAUCCACAGCAGCCUACCAUUUCCUCCUCUCCUCCCCUCUACCCUGCGGGCUACAGUGACUCUGUCCUCGCCCAGCUCAGCAGCCAACUAUACCCAGCCCUGGACUCUGCCUCAAUGCUUUACCCACGGGACGGCACAGAGGUGUACAACUGAUACAUCUACUUGGUCGUUCCACCAAUUCAGUGCCUUUCGAGUACUUUCAUUUGCCGAUUUAAAAACAACCAAAAAUUCACCUACUUUUAACAUUCUGUCAUAAAGAGCACUGGUUCAUCUUAAUAAAAAACACCCUUUCCCAUCUCAAGAAGUUAAAUAACAAAAAUACUAUAGUUAAGUGCCUGUUAAGUGCCAAAUAAAGUAACAGGGUUGACCAUGUUAAAUCAGCCAUAAAUCUUCUUGUGACAGAGGGAAUGGAAGCUUGUUGUGUGCAACAGGGAGGGGCAAUUGAAAGCAAGCUUCACAAAUUUGUAUUUAUUGUUUAAAAAAAUUCUAGCCUGUCUAUCUAUGGGUAACAGGGUUGAUGUAUUAAUUCUAGCCUGUCUAUCUAUGGGUAACAGGGUUGAUGUAUUAAUUCUAGCCUGUCUAUCUAUGGGUAACAGGGUUGAUGUAUUAAUUCUAGCCUGUCUAUCUAUGGGUAACAGGGUUGAUGUAUUAAUUCUAGCCUGUCUAUCUAUGGGUAACAGGGUUGAUGUAUUAAUUCUAGCCUGUCUAUCUAUGGGUAACAGGGUUGAUGUAUUAUGCUCAACCCGCUCAGUUUUCCACCACAAAACAAAUUGUAGAGCCAGCUCACCUGCUUUUACGCUAUGAUCGACUAGUAGAUGUUCGAUGUGUCUUUUAAAAAAUAUAUUUUAAAAGGAAUAGCUUCACCAUAUUAAACAUGUAAUUUCAGUUCACAUAACAGGAUUGACCUUUAAAUAAAUCACUAAUAACAUUAAAUAAAUAAUAAUCUUUAGAAAUUACUUUGCCAAAGUAACAAAAUAACUAGGGAUUUACGAUGAUGGUGAACACUUGGAGAAAUGUUGGGGUUAAGUGGGUUAAAAUCUUCCUAGAAGUCACAGAGGAUGAACAGAGGGACAUGUCAAAAUGCAGAAUUUUGGCACUUUAGCAAGUCUUUAUUCGUAUUAAAAAUCAGAUGUAUUGAGUUUUCCAUGUGGUCUAUAUUACAGGGCACUUCAUUUAAUAUAACAGGCUUUUAAAUAUUUGCGCACAAUUUCUACUUAAAGUAUCAAAAAAAGGCACUCAUGUUGUGGAACAACCCGUACUGUGUAGUGUAGACCAUAGGGCAGCUUGUCUUCGACAAACUCACUGGAAUGUCUUGCCCAGGAGAGAAUGAAAGUGCACUGAACUCAUACUAAACAGUGGGUGAUUUACAAUGGGUUUUUUUCUCUCCUAAUUGAUUGUACAUAUAUGUACAUUGUUUGCGGUUCCACAUAUUGUCUUCAUAAUAUCAACUGAACUAUCUGUCAAAUGUUUAUUGAGGGAUUCUUGACUUUAGUAAAAACUUGUAGGUUGUGUAUGAGCUGUACAUAAAUGUCCUGUCAUCGAGCUUUUUCAUAUUGGUAAAAUAAAGAACAGAAAAAAACAA